AUGGCAGCUGGUACUGCCCGAUGUCGGCACUGCAUUUGUCGACUAAACCGUUUUCGUGGCUGCAACACAUGGCCGCGGGUCCAUGGCGUACCGCUGCUACCACCUAUGUCUCGAAGGCAUGCAACUCUGACCGAGAUCGAGCAUCGAGAUGAUGGUGCUUUCAAGCGGUAUCUGCCUGGACCGAAAACGGGUGGGUUUGCCAGAGGCUCGUUCAUCGCCUGGCGUAGACAUGAGCGAGUCCGAGAAUCUGCGCUGCUGAACGAAUCCAUCCACAACUUGUAUGAGUUUCUCAACGUCGUCGGUGAAGGUGGCUUUGGCACCGUCCACAGAGCCAAGCAUCGCCGAACCGGUGAAAUUGUAGCCAUCAAGAGCAUCAGCAAGGACAAGCUGAAGGACGAGGAGGCGUUGCAGAUGGAGGUUGAGUUCCUGAAGUUGUCAGAUCAUCCGAACACCGUAAGGUAUUACGAAACUUUCGAGGAUGCGAAGGAUAUACACCUGGUGAUGGAGCUCUGCUCUGGUGGCUCGCUGUCCGAGUACAUCGAGAACGCCCAUGACUCCUAUGGGCCGGGUGUGUCCGAGGACGAGCUUGCACGGAUUGCAGUGCAGAUCCUCAAGGGCAUCGCAUAUUGCCAUGCCCACUCGGUGGCUCACAGGGACAUUAAGCCGCAGAAUUUGCUUUUCAGCUGCGGGGAGCCUGCAGCCGGAAGCGCCAUACCGAUUGCAUGCUCUGGCGAGGGCGAUGCGCCCCUGAAGUUGGUGGACUUUGGCAUUGCUGGAGUGGUGAGGAACGACCGCCCCGAAAAGCGGCUACUGACGAAGUGCGCUGGCACUGUGGGUUAUAUGGCCCCGGAGGUGUUUGGCUCGAGGCCGUAUGAUGGAAGAUCGGCCGACAUGUUUUCCAUUGGUGCCGUGAUACAUCAUAUGGUCGUUGGCUUGCCUCCAAGCUGGAAAGCUGCGAAGAGUGCUUACGACUUUCCAGGGCGACUUCGUUAUCAGAGAUUCUCCGAAGACUGCCUUUCACUGCUAGAGCACCUGCUCCAUGAAGAGCCGGAGAUGCGGCCCACGGCUGCAGAGGCCCUCCGACAUUCUUGGUUCGAGAGCAGAGGCAUCCAUUUGCAAAAUCAAUACGGGGAUCGCGAGAUGGCUUCACUCCUCGAGCAAUGCUUCAGGAGGAUGCACCGCUUUUCUCAGCGAUCGCAGCUGCAAAAAACCGUCAUGUACAGCAUGGUGGCCUUUGCGCCCCUGCAUAACCAUCAUAUGGAACGGCUUCGUGUUGCAUUCCUGUUCGCGGAUCGAGGCACUUCCGCAGGGAUAAGCUGCUUCGAGUUCGUCGAGUUGGGAAGGAAGUACAGCUCCUUCUCCUCCACUGAGCUGCGUCACAUCUUUGCCACAUCGAAUGUGUCCAAGACCGGCAAGCUGUCAUACUGUGAAUGGCUGACAGCUUCUGCUGAUGAUCAGUGGUACCGGAUGGAGGAGCAUGCAGAAAGAGCGUUUGAUACGUUGGAUGUGAAGAGAAAUGGAUGUCUCCGUGCUUGCGAUCUGCGUCAGCUGCUGCCCAAGGUGUUCGAUCUUGUGGAGAUAGAGCAGGAGAUCAUUGGGCUGUGCUCCAGAGGUGAAGGCAAUCUCCGCUUUGAGCAGUUCGUGGCAUGCGCAGUCUCCAGCGAAUGA